UCUCUUAUUAUAUUCACCAAACUCACAUCAUCACCAAAAGCUCACCACACUUCUUGUGGCUCUGUGGAUCUUUCUUCAGGCAUCUUCAUAACCAACAAAAAAAUGAUGUCUUUCGUUGCUAACUUGGUCAUCAAAAGUUUUUACCGUGCUUCCGCGAUGUAUGUUGAAGAUAUGGUGGAUAGCUCUCGAGCGACAUGUCUUGAGAAUGGUGGUGAUGAUGAUGACAGUGGCUAUGAUUACGCUCCUGCUGCAUGAUUCUCUCAUCUUAGUUUAUAAAUGUAAUUAGGGGAGAAAAAAAGAGAGAGAGCUCUAUGAUUGUAAUUUAGAUAUCUGGCUAGGCAUGUAUGUGCUAGAUAGUGUGGUCAGUCAUCUUAUAGAUAACAGACAUGGUUCCAUUAACUAUAGACUGUAGUAGUAUAUCUUCUUUUCCUUAACCAAAUUAAAUUUUUUUGUCUCUUAUGUUUGGAAAUUGAUUUAACGUACUAUAUAACAUUUUUAGUUUCCUGAA